GAUCGAUGAAAAUUUACAAGUGAUGGAGGACAUUUGAGGACCAUCGCGCGUGUCGGAUUUAAUCUUUGUGGACAAAAGCUAUUGUUUCUGAGCCGGUGGAGGAUUUAUUCUUCUGUGAUAUAAGGUUUUUUUUUGUUUUUGUUUUUUGUUUUCUCUUCUUCUAUGUGAAUCAGCUGACAGCAUGGGGAUACUGCUAUUAUUUGCUGUCCUGCAAGUGGUGACGGUCGGCUUGGUGACUGCUGGCUGUCCGGUGGUGUGCGAGUGUCCGGCGGGGCCUCCAUCCUGUCCCCCAGGGGUCAGCUCAGUCCCAGACGGCUGCGGCUGCUGCAAGGUGUGUGCCGCUCAGCUCAACCAGGAUUGCCACGAAGGACGACCAUGUGACCACCAUAAAGGCCUGGAGUGCAACUAUGGCAACGAUGUGGGCCGUACCCACGGCAUCUGCAGGGCAAAGGCAGAGGGCCGCUCGUGCGAAUACAAUGGGCGGAUUUAUCAAAACGGCGAGAAUUUCCGCGCUGGUUGCAAGCACCAGUGCACCUGCAUCGAUGGAGCGGUGGGCUGCGUGCCCCUUUGCCCCAGCCACGUGCCCUUGGCAUCCCCUUCCUGUCCUGCUCCGCAGCUGGUCAAGGUGCCAGGCCAGUGCUGCCUCAGCAUCGACUGCCACAAAGGAACCACCGUCGUGCCUCCAGUGCACCGCCGACCCCAGCCUCCAGUUUAUCCGCCUUACCCCUUCAUUCCCUAUCCGGCCUACCCUUACCCAAAGCCCUAUCCCAAACCUUACCGGAAGCUGUACCCCUAUAAACCCAAAAAGGAGAAGGACACCCUGGGAAACGAGCUGGUGGAGGUGGGGCGCAAGUGGGACAAGCCACGUGGAAACAAGCACUUGGCGGCCUGGAGGCAGGUGGGAGAUCAGUGUGUGGUUCAGACUACUUCCUGGUCCCAGUGUUCUCGGAGCUGUGGGAUGGGCGUCUCUUCUCGUGUUACCAAUGACAAUGCCCGGUGUAAGCUGAUCAAGGAGACGCGCCUGUGCAACAUUCGGCCCUGCAGCACCAUGUCUAUCCCUGUCAAGAAAGGAAGGAAGUGCUCUCGUACCCAUAAGGCCCCGGAGCCACACCGCCUGUCCUAUGCCGGCUGCAGGAGCACUCGCCUGUACAGGCCCAACUACUGCGGUGUAUGUAGGGAUGGCCGUUGCUGCUCUCCCCGUCGUACACGUACCGCCAACGUGACCUUCGCCUGCCCUGAUGGCGAACGCUUCAACAGGUCCGUGAUGUUUAUCCAGUCCUGCAAGUGUAGCGACGAGUGCAACCAUCUCAACGAGGCUGCCAUGCCUCCACAGCGAUGGCUCUACGGAGACACACACAAGUUCAUCGACUAGCAGUACCACCCCACCCCCCAACCUACAUUCCCUCACAAAAAAAAGACAAUAUCUCCCCCAUAGUGAUCCCCAUUAUAGAAUAGCUGUCCUUAGUGUAUCUAUGAGUAGACGCAAAUGAGGUGCACACGUCAAAACAUCUUUUCUGGAAGAUUAUUCGGGGAGCAAUGGGGAAUGAAUCAGAUGGGCGCGUCUCCAACUUGGAAAGUGCAAAGUGACCAGCCCCUGCUUUAGUGUAGAUAAAACGUUGUGUCUGGCCUGGCCAGACUACUACAGAUUGUAACAAAAUCUUUAUGGAAAUCAUGGAUGCAACCAGCCACCAUGUUGCUGCCAUGCACCAAAUGUCCCCUCGAACUCUGAGACUUUAUUGGGGACACUGGAGUAAGAGCCGACACACACACACAGGUGUCGGUGUUCCUUUUGUUGAUGGUGUGGAUUCACAUCACAGUUACUGAGCAACAGGUCUGACUAGGCAAUAGAAAGCUGGUCUGACGUUGCUUUGGAGCCAAAUACGAAACCAGCUGGAAUCAUAUCGUCUGUACACUCCAAUAACAUUAGUAUUGAUAAACCAAAGGAAGACUCGUGGAGAAGACUUGACAGCAAAGACUGCGAUCUUGAUGGCAGAAGAUGGAGGAGCAUCUCAGAUGUUCUUACAGGAGUGUGGUUGUGUCUUUUUAUGGUAUUUAUUCACUGGUAUUUAUUGUUGAGACAGACAUGAUGACAGAGUGGCCUGCCACCAGGGAAGGCGGUGCUGCUAUGUUUGGAAGCAUUGGCGUGGCUGAACAGGGAUCCGAGAAGGACAAAACAGCUGAGAGCUGUCAGCCAAGAGAGGGAGAGGAAGACUCCCACAGAUCUGGGGCUUGACCCCAGGGUUGCAUCAGAGGUCACGGCGGUCAGAAAGCCAUAUCUAAUGAUGGACGAUGAAGGCUACAGGAGAAGAGGAGUUAUGUACAGUUGAACCUGAUGGGUUGAGGCUUUGUACGCAUCAGGGAAUACAUCGAAGGUUGUUUACACAGCUGGACUCAUCCCCUGCCUCGCCUCCACAAGAGACCGAGACAUUUAGCAAGCACCAGAAGAACAAGCCUGGGAUUCUGGCGCCAAGAAGUCAACCGCCUAAUUCUGUGCAAAUUACAAUCCUGACUCUGAGGGGGCAGUGAGAGAAAAUCAGCCACUCUCUUGUUUGCUAUAAAAAUAAAAAUAAAAAAACUGCGGGUACUGAUGUAAACAUGUAAUUUGUGACUGGCGGGUGGAACCGCUCUGGUGCCCGAUCUGGCCUGUAAUCGAGCAGCAUGCCAGCUCGCUGAAACAAAACAAUAAGUCACGCCUCUUCGUGUUUCAGUGGUGUCUGGGAAAUGCUGUUGAAGGCCAUGUUGUCAGUUGACAUCACUGUUGGGGGCAGAGAAGAGCUUCACCGCAGCGCAGAGGAAGGGCUGCCAGACGUCAAUAAGAACUCUAACGACAUUUUGAAGGAGAGGAAUUCGGUGUUAUUCUACCAUUUUCAUGGCCAAAAUCCUUUUAUAUGAUUAAAGAACCCAAGCAUCUUACUUGACUGGGACUUGGGUUAAAGUUCACGCACCUUACAACAGCCUUGAUUCAUGACCUGUUAUGUCUUGCAAAGGGGGAUUAAAAGGUCAAUUCAAACUAUCUUCAAUGAAUACACACUUUAAAAUAAGUGAUUUCUCAAUGAUCUGAAUUUUAUUAUUUCAAAGAUUUGUUUUCUCUUGUACCAUAAAAUAGUGGCUUAGUCGUGUUUUCAGUCUUCUGUUAAACUGGAAAAUAUUUGCAUUUUCUACCGUCUCUUGUCUACAGCAGACUUUCUCAGUGGAGACUGCUGCCUGUAAGCCUAGGAAGUUUUUUAAAUUUACAGGUGAUUUAAAAAAAAAAGGGUUUUGGUAAUUGUUUGCCAUGUUGCCAUUGCUAUUUGCCUAUGUAGACGCUGUGGUUUUGGUACUGUAUGUCUAGUUUUGUUUAAGGACACUAUAGAGCAGCUAUGUACAGAUGCAUCGUUACCUUCUUUGUAGUUCUAUCUGCUGUAUAAGGGCCAAUCCUUUCACCGAGUUAUACUAGUCCAUGUAUAGUUUAGCACUGAACGAGGCAGGGUUCAGAUCUUUUACGAGCAUUAAGUGCCAAUUUGAAAGCAUGAUGAUUGUAUCCCUACAUUAACACCCUCUGUAUUGAUAGUCAUGCUUUUUAAGAUAACGUAUUAAAAACAAACUUGUUCACAAACAGACUAAAAAUCUAUUUUCCAUCUUCCUCACAACUAACUUCUUUUGGAAACUUGCUGCCCGACACACAUUUGAUUUUAAGAGAUGGAACGAGUUCAUAUUGCAUUUUUCAAUAAAGAAUUUUUCACUUCUACACUAAA